AUGACACCCUUAGUUUUUAUACUGUUUAUUUCGUUAAACAUAAAAUUAUUAAAUUCACAGAGAUACAAUGGCUAUUCAUAUGAAGCAGAUUUUCUGGAUAUGGACCCGGAUUCUAUUCUGGAGGAAAAUGCCAUUAUAACAGCAAAUGCUACGUGUGGAGUGCAGCAAAAAGAGUACUUCUGUCGCCUUGUUGAACAUGCUGACGGUUACGCCACAUAUCAAGGACGUUCACAACGAACACCGAGACAAGUUAUGACUUACAGUCAAGAAGCAAAAUCCUAUCGAGAUCCUAGUGGACAGUGGAUACAGUGUGGCUACUGCGAUGAUAAAGAUCCCAAUUUACGACAUCCAAUAGAAUAUGUUUUACGUGGUGAACCUAAUCUCUGGUGGCAGAGUCCAUCUUUAGCACAAGGGCUACAAUAUCAUGCUGUUACAAUCACAAUGGAUUUUCGUCAGGUUUAUCAAAUUGUCUAUGUUCUUCUACGAAUGGGUGAUAGUCCACGACCGGCAAACUGGAUUUUAGAACGUUCAGUCGACGGAGAAGUUUAUCAUCCGUGGGUAUUUUUUGCACAAACUGAAUACGACUGUAAAAAGUUAUAUGCACCGCUUAUUGAUCGACCGUUAACAAUAACAAGUGGACCAAGACCAUGGCAUUUGGGUGAUGAUGAAGUUUAUUGUACAACAUUUUAUAGUCAACCUCAGGUAUUACAAUCUGGUGAAAUUAUUGUCACAUUGACGUUGGAUCGUGAAAGUACAAUAUCGCCUACAAGUGGAAUUGAAAGUCCCAUAUCAUUUAAACUUAUUGACUUUUUAUCGGCUCGAUUUGUUCGACUACGGUUUCAACAAUUACAAACACUUUCUGGUGAUUGGAUGGCUAUGCCAAAUCAAUUGGACAGUUCAGUAUACAACAGGUAUUAUUAUUCAAUUCGAACAAUUAAAGUUGGCGGAAAAUGUGUGUGCAAUAGCCAUGCUAGCCGGUGUGAACAGAAAGUCAUUGAUGGUGUACCUCGAGCUGUCUGUGAUUGUCAGCAUAAUACAUGUGGAAAUAAUUGUGAAAAGUGUUGUCCAUUAUUUAAUCAACAACCAUGGCGUCCAGGAAGAAUAUGUGAAGAGUGCAAUUGCAAUCAAAAGGCUGAUGAAUGCAUCUACAAUCAGACUGUUGCCAACCUACGCUUAAGUAUGCGUAAAGAUGGAGUUCUUGAAGGUGGAGGUGUUUGUAUCAAUUGUCGGGAAGAUACAACUGGUGUAAAUUGUGAAAAGUGUAAACAAGGCUUUUAUCGUCCGUUGAAUGUACGACCAGAUUCAUCCUAUCCAUGCAGACCAUGUGAAUGUAAUACAUUUGGAUCAACUGGUGACUGUAUCUCAAAUGAUGCUGAAGUACCUGAAAGAUAUCCUGGAGAUUGUAUCUGUAAAGAAGGUUAUGCUGGUCGUCGUUGUGAUGAAUGUGCUGAAGGCUAUCAACGCUCUAAAAUUGAUCCACAGUUAUGCAUACCAUGUACAUGUGAUAUCCGAGGAAGUCAUCGUGGUCCUGGAUAUCAAUGUGAACCUCCGUGUAAUUGUAAGAUCAAUGUUGAUCCCGAUUCAUAUUGUAAUAAAUGUCAACAAGGAUUCUUCAAUUUAGAUGUGAACAAUCCUGAAGGUUGUCAAGCUUGUUAUUGCUCCGGUUUGACGGAUCAAUGUACUGGUGUUAGUCCAGUUACUGCAAUGGUCUUGGAAAGUAAAGGAUUACUUGGUCCAGUUAAUACAUUAUUAGACUGGAGAAUUAUUGUACCAAGUUUGCCUGCAGUCGACACUGCAUAUACCAUACCAAUGACAGAAACAUCACUACAAUACGACAGGGUUUUAUUCGCUCAGACACGUGCUGUUGAAACUUGGUUCUCUUCAGUCAGUAAAACACCAGUAACUCGUGGUUAUUAUUGGUCUGCACCAGAGGCUUAUUUAGGCAAUCAAAUCACCGCGUAUCGUGAUACACUGAAUGUUAUACUACGCUUUAAUUCACCAACUAUGAUGACAUAUCGUACACCAAUGAUAACAGGCGAUUCAGUCAGCGGGAGACAAUUCACUACAUCAAUGGCAAUGAGUGAUCAUUUAAAUUAUAUGUGGUUACAUGAACCAGACAUUGUGAUCGAGGGGAAUGGUUAUCGAUUAGUUCACAUGCUUCCAUCGUCUUAUCGAGAAAGUCAUAUGAUUUUAAAUAUUCCAAUUAGUGAAUCAUCCUUCCGUGUCAUUGUUGAACCGCCAACAUCAAUACCACUUGAUAGAUUCCCUAUCAGUUGGUUACAAGGUGAUCAGUUGAGACCAGACGAGUCGGCUUCAGAAAGAGUUGGUCGACCAGCAACAGUAGCUGAUUUAAUGACUGUACUGUCUGAUAUUGACAGACUGAUGAUUAAGGCUAAGUAUAUUACAGAUCAAACGACAACCGAGUUAAUGUCAGUUACACUUGGUCGUGCAAUACGUGAUGAAUCUGGCGGGAUACCAAACAUCGAAGAGUGUAUUUGUCCAGCUGGACAUUCAGGUACCUCUUGUGAAUCAUGUGCUGUUGGCUUUUAUCGUGAAUAUGAAAGAAAACCAACUGUGCAUAGUAACCAGACGUCAUCGUCAUCAUCUGCACUUAUGUCUAUUUGGCGUUCAACAAUGAUGGGUCAGUUGCCUGUUUGUGUACCAUGUCAAUGUCAUGGACAUUCAGACACUUGUGAUGAAAAGACUGGAGCAUGUAUUAAUUGUGAACAUAAUACAGCCGGUGAUAAAUGUGAUAUCUGUGCACCAGGAUAUUAUGGUGAUCCAACAUCUGGUAGUCCAACAGCUUGUAAAUUAUGUCAAUGUCCGUAUAUUGAAUAUCAAUUAACUACAGCGUGCUUAGCAUAUGAAGAUAGGCUACACACUGAAGAAAAGCCUUAUGUAUGCUUAGAUUGUACAGAAAAUACUCGAGGUCGAUAUUGUGAAGUUUGCGCUGAAAUGCAUUUUGGUGACCCGAUGAAUGGUAUACCUUGUCGUCCGUGUAAUUGUGGUCCAACAGCUAUCGGGUGUAAUGCUACAAAUGGUGCAUGUAUAUGUGGAUUUAAUACAGCCGGACCACGAUGUGAUGCAUGUGAUGAAGGAACACACGGUGAUCCAACAAGAGGACAACCAUGCCGACCUUGUAAUUGUCAUCCAAGAGGUAGUGUUUCACCAUCUUGUCGACUUGAAGAUGGUCAGUGUACAUGUUUACCAACCUAUGAAGGUGUAAGAUGUGAUCGUUGUAUCACUGGUCGUGGAAAUGUUGACGCAGGUUGUCCACCAUGUCAAUGUGAUCCUAUCGGAACAAGACCAGAAUAUUUAACUCUGUGUGAUCCAGUAUCUGGACAGUGUUCAUGUAAACCUGGUGUUGGUGGUACACUGGAUUGUUCUACUUGUCAAGUUGGCUAUUAUAAUCUUGGUCCAAAUGGAUGUACAGAAUGUAAAUGUACCGCAAGAGCUAUUGAUCGAUCCUGUGAUGCAAUCACUGGUCAAUGUAAAUGUGGUGAAAAUGUUAUUGGGGAUACCUGUGACAGGUGUUUACCUGGAUUUUAUUGGAAUAUCACAGGACCAAAUUGUCUACCUUGCGAUUGUGGAAUCGGGACAGAAUUAACACGAACGUUAACCCAAUUAGUUGAAUGUGAUAUGAAUACUGGUCAGUGUAAAUGUGCGCCGCAUGUUGUCGGAAGAGAUUGUACUGAAUGUGAACCAGGAUAUUUUGGUGUCUCAGAAACUGGAUGUAAACCUUGUCUGCCGUGUCCUAAUGGUCAAGUAUGCCACCAAGUGACUGGAAAGUGUAUAUGUCCACCAAAUACUGAAGGUGAUCGAUGCGAUCAAUGUACAGCUGGAUCAUGGGAUUAUAAUCCAGUAACAGGGUGUAAAGACUGCAACUGUUCUAUAGAUGGUUCACUUGUUGGCACUGAAGAUCAAUGCGAUUUAACAACUGGUCAAUGUAAAUGUAGGCAUGGAUAUACUGGUCGGGCGUGUGAUCAAUGCGCUUUAGGAUUCUACGGUUAUCCUGAAUGUCGACAGUGUGAUUGUGAUAUGCGUGGAACAGUAUGGGGUAAUUUAACUCUAGAAGAAGAUACUGUAGUCACUUGUAAUCCAGUUGACGGACAAUGUCAUUGUAAAGAGAAUGUUCAAGGUGAUAGAUGUGAUCAAUGCAAACCAGGAACUUUUGGUUUGAGCAUUGAUUAUCCACUUGGAUGUUAUUCAUGUUUCUGUUUUCCAACUGGUACACCACCACGGUGUAGCCUUCUAACAGGAUAUCGUUCUGUACCAGGAAAACUGAAAGGUGUUGAAAUCAUUUCUACUGAUGAUCCACGAUAUCCAGGCGGUCCAUUGAUUGAUCUGAAACUUGGACUUACUGAUAUGGAUAUGAGUGAUUUAAGCAUCGGUUUAAGUCAAUUCAACUGGCGUUUCUCUGUUCAUCGACCAACACAUUUAGAAAUACCAGAGCUAAAAGGUUCACUGAUGCGUAACUACGGCAGUGUACUUAUCGCUGUGUCGACAGAAUGUUUACCAACUGGUGAUUGUAAACUUGGGAUUGAAGAAAAAUCAAGUGCUUUAAGUAGACCAGAUGUAAUUGGAGGUUUAGUUAUGCGUAGAACUGAAUUCAUUGAUGCUCGUAUGACAGCGUUAAAUGGUCUACUAGAAUUAGAAUAUCAACCAUCUGAAGGUUCGCAUACAUCAAUUAUCGAUGGUUUUCGUCAAAUAUGGCUUCGUGAACAAGACUGGGUAUUAACGCGUGUAGCAGGUGUUGAUACACGUGUUCGACCAAAACGUAGGGAAUUAAUGUUAGCCCUACUCAACGUUACAUCAUUCAGUGUACGUUUAUUUAUGCCUGAAGCAAGACCAAAACUUGUAAGUGUAAAGUACAAAAUUUAUCAAGCACGUACAGAAAUUACAACUUUAUCUGGUACUGAAAUUAAAACAAUUGAAAAGUGUGAAUGUCCACCAACAGCCACUGGGGAUCAUUGUGAGAUUGCAUCGCCUGGAUUCUACUUCCCACCAAUUGAACCUAAACCAGGACGUGAUAUUCAACCACCAGAGGCUAUUACUGACCCUUCAUUACCUCCUGGACAUAUUAUAUGGGAAGGUGGAUCGAAAAAAUGUCAUUGUUAUGGUAUGUCAUCGAAUUGUGAUCCUGUAACAGGAGUAUGUGUGAAUUGUACUGGGAAUACAGAAGGUCCAGAUUGUGGUAAAUGCUCUAUCGGUUAUAUGGGUGAUCCAAGAAUCGGUCAGCCAUGUGUUAAAUGUCAAUGUCCAACUGAACAAACUGACUAUGCAAUCACUUGUACGCCGUCAACAGAUCCUACCUAUCUACCACAUAAAUGUAUUUGUAAGCCAGGUUAUACUGGUUUACGCUGUGAACAAUGCGCUCGAGGUUAUUAUGGUGAUCCGACAAGUAUGAUUGCCUGUCAACCGUGUGACUGUGAUAUGGAUGGUUCAAGAUCAGAGACAUGUAGCCAGGAAACUGGCCAGUGUGAUUGUUGGCCUGGUAUAAAAGGACGUCGAUGUGGUCAAUGCGAAGAAGAUCAUGUUGUUGAUCGUGGAACUUGUCGCGACUGUCGUGGACCAUGUACCGGUGAAUUGCUUAUCAAAGCUGAUAGUGUAAAAGCGCACAUCGAUGGGCUGAACAUUACAAGUUUAGCACAUCGUGGUCUAGCACGACUUAGACAACAAGUUGAAACAACUAAACAACGUUUUACAAAACAACGUGAAGAUCUUGAAUCAGAGAUUAUUUCACGUACACGUCAGUUGAUGCGACAAACUGAUGAAAUACAUAACAGUUAUGAAAGAAUAAAAAUCAAUUAUGAAAGUGUAAAUGAAUCAAAUUGUGAUAUUAGUCAACAGACUGAAGAAUUGUACAAUCAAGCUGAAUCAAUGGAAAGUACAAUAAGAAAUUGGUUAGAUCGUUUAAGACGACAAGAAUUCGGUCAAGCAAGUACCAGCACAGAACUGAUGAAUUGGCAAGAACAUGCACGUCAAAUUAAAAAUGAUUUGGCCAAUAUUGAUCUUAGUUCAACUGAAAGCUGGUUAGGCGAAAUUCAAAAAGAAACUAAGAAUAGAAUUCAUUAUAUCAUUGAAUUAAAUAGUUUAUUAAAACAAGAUAAAGCUAAAACAGACAUUGAACAAUUAAUUGUUUAUCAAGAUUUACAAAAGCUACUAACUGAUUAUCAAACUGAUCAAUCGUAUCGCAUUGGAAAUGGGACAAAAUUAGCUGCCAGUGAAUUAGAAAUGGCUCUGAAAAAAGCCAAUGCUUUAGCUGAUACCGUCAAGACAACAACAAGUUUGACCACUCUUCAAUCAUUUGACAAAGAAUCAAGAAAUCUAGAACAACAGUUAGACGAACUUGAACAAAUACGUAUUGAUGAAGAACAAGCUGAGUUAUUUGACAAAGCUAAAUCUAUCACAAGACAAUUAAAUCAAAUCCAAUUGCCUAGUUCUGAACAAAUUUAUAUCCCAUCAGAGCUAAUUCGCGAUUCUAUUGAACCGCUUGAAUAUGAAGCUCAGAGGAUCUUGUCAAUUCUUACACCUUCAGAACGGUUGAAUCGUACCUACCUGGCUUAUAAUGCUUAUCAAAUAAUUAUUGAUAAUAUGAAAUUAGCAGAGAAUGCUACCAACGCAGCUGAAGAAGCCUUAAUUCAAAGUACAACAACAGUUGAAGGUGUACAAAUAUCAUGGCAAGAUCGACUUAAAGAUGUCAUAAAGAAACGGGAUGAUAUAACUGAUAUAUUGAAUAAUCAUUCAGUUAUCUAUGGAUCACAUAAUGAUACGCUGAAUAUGAUUGAUAAAGAAUUACAACAAACUGAAAAUACUCUGGAUACAUUAAAACAAGUUGCUACAAAUAAUUUGGAUAUGACAAAGAGUAUUGCUAAUAAGGUUGAUUCAAUUAGACAAUUUUUACAAGAUACAAAACCAUUAGUAGAAAAUGCUACAAGUAAAGUGGAAAUGCAAAGAGAACGUUAUGAUAGACUACAUGAACGUUUACAAGAAAUGGAGAAUAGAUAUUCUCAAAUACAAGGAACAGCUAAAACUCUAGUUGAUCGAGCGAACAUAAGUCAAACGCAUUUGGCUAAAUCCCUCGAUGAAGCUGAAAAUGUUGCUAGACAACUGGAUGCAAAAAUGUUGAAUUUACGUCGAUUAGCUGAUGAAGCACGUUCAAUGCUUGAUGUUACCUAUGGAUCACUAUCUCAUGAUCCAGUUCCCCUACAAUUAGGUCAAGAUUGUGUCUAUACACUAGUUCCGUAUAGUUUAACAAAAUCUCGUGUAUUCGAUAUUGAAUUCUGGUUCAACCUGCAUAAUCUACCCUCCUUGCCAAGUAUGAGUAGUGUACUGAUGGUUGGACGUAGAGCUUUUGAAGCGCAUACACAAAUGUUUGCUUUCACUAUUGAAGCACCGGAUGCAAAACUACGCUUCUCAUGGAAUACACCAAAUGGUCAAUUGGAAUUAGGUCCUAUAGUAACGAAUACAUGGUAUCAUACACGUGUUACAUCAGUCGGUGGGGAAACACGUAUGAUUCUAAUGGAAAGACCAUUCCAAGAUCAAGGUGAUAUCAAUCCGGAGGUGAAACAAACCGUCACCACAAACGGUACACUUGAUCAAGAAGCAAAUCUUAUUAUGGAUAGACAAAUGGAAUUACGUAUCGGUGGAGUGAUACAGUCUAGCAGUCGGCUGAGUAAUCCUGAAGCAUGGGGUGAUAAUGGUGCAGAGGUAUUCUGGUCACGUAUUAUGUCGAUGGAAUCAGUGAAAUUCUGCAUAUUUAACUUGAGACUGUCAAGUCUACCGAUAAGUAUUGUCAAUUUUGCUGAUGCUAAUCCUGAAUGCUCUAAACCAAAAGAAUAUCAGUGUCAAUUACCUGGUAAAAAUCGUCGUUAUGUUCGAGAUGGUUAUAUAUGGGAGAAACAAGGUGAACUAGAUAAGUUAACCAAUCAACCACGUCCACCACAAUCACUUGAUCCAUCGCUGUCGUUAACACGAAUGUUCUUCUAUGAUUUCAAUGGAGUCGGUGGUUAUGCUCGAUUGAAAUCUUUUGGACAUUUAGAUUUUUGUAAGGAUCAGCUAGACUUCCAAUUAACACCAUUGGCUGAAUAUCAACGCUCAAAUAUGACAGUGAUGACAUUUUAUAAUUAUGAUAAGGAUUAUGGAAUAACAAUUGAACUAGUCAAUGGUCGUCCAGAAGCCAUUUAUUGGCAAGGCCGUGAACUGUAUCGCCUUGAGGAGAGUAUGCAAAGAGAAAGUGUUGAGAUAACUAGACGACGUCGAUUUAAAUUAUUCAAUUAUAAGGCACGUUGGCGACGUCAAUCACUUCAUGGUUUAGAUGAAGACAGACGACGGUUAAACCUGAAUCUUAUAGAUCCAAUCACAAGAAUAUUAAGGCUGGAUAAUUUUAUGAAACCUGACUGUAAUGACGAUAUGGUGCUAUUCUUUGGCGCUGUACCACCGGGUCAUUAUCAAAUGCGUAAAAGAAUGCAAAAACUUGGAUUUUCACUGACACCAUUUGCUGGCCGAAUUGGUUUUACAAAUGGUAAACCGAGUCAAUCAGGUGAACUAUAUCUUGCUGAAUAUGCAAUUAGUACUGUCAGUCAAUUCGGUGAUACACAAUUCACGGACUCACGACAGCUUGGAGAGAUUCGAGUCAUUGAGGAUGCAAGUCCAAAAUAUCAAUAUUGUCUACAAUUAACACCACACAGUAUGUAUAUGGCACCAGAAUUAAAAGAACCACGUAAUUAUUCACCAUUUGAACCGGGUAUAAGUAUGACAAUACGAUUUAAUCCUCUAGAAACACGUUCUGGUGAUAUGGACCUAUUAAUUAUACAACCUGGUCAUGCUGAAUGGAUUCGUAUAUUCCUUACAGAAGAUCAUCGUUUAGGCAUUGUAUUACCUGGUGUUACCAAACGCCUUUACACACGAACAUCAUUGACUUCACGCGCCUUAAAUGAUCCGUAUACAAAUCUGUUGAAUUUAGAAUUAACCGAAUACUUGAAUAAAACAUCAGUUCUACCAGUAUGGAAUAUUUUAAAUAAACAAAUAUCAUCUGCACAAUCAAAAUCAACUACUACAAUAAUCCCUCCCCUGUUACAUCAACCAAAGCAAACACGUCAAUUUAAAUCAAAACAAGCUGAAAUCGAAGUGGUCAUCACAUUGUAUUUUGGUUCACCGGAUACGGAACAACUAACUGUACUAUUUGAUCAACGUAUUGUUCAAUCAUGGAGUAUACCAAGACAACCAGAUGUGAGGACUAUACGACAAAUAUACAUUGGACCACAAUUAAAACCCGAUUACCCAAUAACGAUACAUCAUUUAAUAAUUGGUAGACACCUUGUCGACUUUACUAGUGAAUUAGUAAGCAGAGAUAAUCCCUAUGGAAUCCAGAUUGGUACAUGCGGUGGCCCAUUAUAUCCAAGAUUUACAGAACGUCGUGGUUUAACUGGAUUAAUCACCAGUAAACUACAAGGGUUAGAGUUGGCUACACCACCUGGUGGACGACAGUUGACACUAUCACCAUUCAAUGAGUUAAUGAAAUCACAAAUUAUACCCAGUGUAAGUUAUGCUGAUCAAUUGGCACUAGAAAGUUUACGUACUGGAGAUGGUAAACUCAGGAAAAAGAAUGAUUGUACUGAGAAUGCAGAAAAUACAGCUUGGUUCGAUCAGUAUCCUGAUUCGUACUGGGAGAUUAGUAAUCUUGGCACGCUUAUUCAAGAUCAGACUGCUCCAUUUGAAUUCACUAUCGGUUUCCGCGCCCAGCUGGCUAAUACAGCAAUAAAUGGUGAAGGAAUAGUUGAAGGUGAGGUUGAAGAAGAUGUCUACAGCCUGCUGGCUGUAUUCAAUUUUGGUCCAGAUGAAGGCAAUCUUUACAUAGUCUUGUCUAAGAAUCAAGUGUUCAUUAAUGCUGAUAGAAAGAAUUUCUUCUGGUCUAGUCCAUUGAUGACAAUCUCUGAUACAACAUGGCAUCGAUUAAAGCUGAUCUUCCAGUCAGCUGAUUUAAUUCAAGAACAAAAUGGUCCUGGUGUGGAGAAUGGGCUACAACUUAUAUUCGAUCAUCGUCAUUUCUGGCUUCCACCUGUCAGUUUAUUCAAUCUGCCCUCGGUUGUAUUCAUUGGUGGAUUGCCUAGACUGCCUAAUUUAUCAUUGCAUCCAUUCAGCCAACCGCAAAAUAUUUACAGCUUAUUUGGUUGUGUAGAUGAAUUGAUAAUGAAUAAUGUUAGUAUGCAGUUAAGAACAAGUAAUCGUCCAGUAUGCUAUGAUUGUUUCAGCCUGAAUCCAACAAUUGUACAUGUUCCAGAGAAUAUUGAUGAUUAUCUGAAGUAUAGUUUAAUUCAACUACAGUUACCAUCAACAUUCACACAACCUGGACUUGAUAAAUUCACAUUCGACUUUAGUUUCUUCUAUGAUCGUAAUACAAUAAAACAAGCCAGUUUAUUUGUACUGACUUUCGGUGGGGCGACUGAUACACCCAGUGAAGAAAUUCAUCUAUGGCUAUUCCUUUCAAAUAAUGAAGUGAAAAUGGGCUAUUACACUGAGACAGACGAUGAACUCGAGUUGAAUCAUGAAGUGAAUUUAGCCAAUAUAGGACAUAAUCAAAAUAUUUGGCAUUUUACAAAGCUUGAUAUCACUUUUAUCAAUCGACGUCCAAUAUUCCAGUUAAAAUCUCAAACGUCAAUUAGUGAUCGACUGGCACCAUUCAAUAAAGCUGAUCGUUUAAAAUCAAUUCAUCUUGGACGAAAUGCCGUUUUAACACCGGAUAAAAUGCGUAAAGCGGCCUACAGUUAUAAUGGUGAAAUGUUCCGUGGUUGUUUGCGCAACCUUCAUUUAUCAACGCCAACAGAAAUACGAAAUAUUAAUCUCCCAGAAGAUUUACCUGGCUUUUUAUAUGGUCUAUGUCAUACAUCCUUAGUAUGGUAA